AUGGUGUUCACGGUUUUGACACUGGACAGCGACGGUUCAGGUUCGGGGUCUUGGAGAAGGAUAAACCCUGUGCUGCCUUUUGAUCCAAAAAAGUAUGUUAAUGGUGGGGAAAGUGUUUGUGUCAAUGGUGCAAUACAUUGGUUAACCAGAUAUGGAGAUUCCAUUGUGGCUUUUGAUCUUAAAGAUGAGAAAUUUAGACUAAUUCCACUUCCCCAUGACUAUAAAGAUUUGAACUUCGACUCGUUCCGUUUCCAAUUUGAACGGCUAUUUGAGCUUGGCGGGUGCUUGGCUUUGAUCUCUGACAACGCUACCCAGCAUCAUUUCACAUUGGAGCUGUGGAUUCUAAAGGAUUACAACAAUCAUGUGUGGGUUAAGGAGAGUAUAUGCUUUCCAUUUAGAUGGAGGAAGCAAGGUCAACCUAUUCCCAUUGGGACCAUCCCUACGGGCGAGAUAUUGCUAAAGCCGCUCUCCUUGGAUGUGAGUGCUACUGCGUGGGUGCUAUUCUAUGAUAUGGAGGGACAAAGUUUCAAGAAAAUUGAUAUCACUGGCUUGCCUGAAUGGGUUUAUUCGAGUGGUACUCGAAUUAUCAGAACCAUUUCUGUUUAUGGGGGCUAA